AUGAAGUCUGAUUAUGGCAUCAGCUCAGGCCCAAGUGACUCCGAGGGUUGGAAGGAGGUAAGAAGACGAAAGCAACACCGCUCAGAUGGCGUGUCCUCAACUUCUGGAAAGAGCGACUGGUCAGGCAUGGAAAGCUCCGAAGGUUAUUCAAAUGCCAACCACGCACGAUCUCAAGAGAACAUGACGGAUGAUGCGUUGACCCAGUCGAAGGAGCAAUCCGAACCAGCCUCUGAAUAUGAAUCGAGCGAUGGAUCUCUUUAUUCGACCGAAGAUGAUACCUUGGAUCAACUGUACAAAGAAAAGAACCCCAGACUUAGGGAUCAAUCGAGUGCGAGUGAAUGUGGAAUGGAUGAUAUCCCAAGCAAGGAGAAUUCAUGCAAGAACUUUACGAAGCGCCUGCGAGGUUGGUUCGACAAUUUUCGGAACCCGUUCAAGAACAAGCUCGCUUCGUUCUGGGAGGGGACAAGGAAAGUCUGCUCCAGAAUCAAACAUACUGCUGAGGGAAUAAUCCUGUGUCUGCAGCUUCUUGUCAUGGUGAUAAUAAUUGGGUUGCUCUAA